GACUGUCCGCAGCCAAAACAUAAUCAACCCCCACCUGCUGCGGCCCCAGUGGCCCUGAAUCAGGGACGAGUGGCCGCAUUAAUGGAUACGGCUCAAGGUGGAGAGCUCAUGGCAUAUGCCCCAGAAUCGCCUUCCCCCUCGAUGACAAUGGCAUCGACAUCGAGAGCUUCUUCUUCUGACGCUGCUGACGUGGUCGAUCCACUUGAGUAUCUUCACCUCGCAGGCAUGAUCGGAGCGAUCCGAUCGGCCCCUGAUGAUCUCGAAUGGGUCGUUCGCGAAUCCAAUCCUGGUCCGCAGUAUCGAGCGGGAGAAAUUGAUGUAUUGAGAACGCUUAAGCAACUGGAUAUUCAUGUUCCAAUCCCGGUGGGACAUCUUCUCACCAUAUCUGAGGCGACCAACGAUAAACUUUUGCAACAUUGUCAGAAAAAUCAAAAGCGCUUCACCUAUCAGCGCAUACAGCGAAUGUUAAAAAAAAAGGAAGAGAGCGAUGAAGUUACGCCGCCCGAACCCGAAACUGGCGAGCCCAAAGCCGCACGAAUAGCAGCGAUCUCUUUAGCAGAAAAGGAUCACUUCGUACGAUCUCGACCGGUGCUGUGGAAAAGCGCGAACUGUGAUUGUGAAGUUUGGGGCAAGCCGUUUAACGCCCUUAUCGACACAGGGUCUUCUGCAGUAGCUAUCUCAUUGGACACUCUCAAGAAGACGGAACGACUCAGACCCAUUUUUCCUCAAUCUGGCAAAGACAAUUAUGUCUCUGCCGACGAGGAAGCAAUGAACAUCGUAGGCAUUAUUGAGAAUGUGGCUGUAAAGGUUGGACGGGUGCAUGUCCUUGUUAACGCAUUCGUGAUAGAUGUGACGUGGACGCAGACCAGCGAGCAUCCUGGGUGGAUUGAGAAUUUGGAGCUGCUGAUCAUACAAGCUUGGAAGACCAACAUAGAGGGCGAUCUUCUCGGCUUUCUCUUUGGAUCGGUACGACCAGGCUGCCGCCAGUUGAUUGUGCAGGAGCUCAUCGCGCCGAUCGUCCAGUUGGCGGACGAUCUCUCGCCCGACAUCGUCUCGCAAAGCGACGACAACUCUGCCCCGCACGUCCUCAUGCGAACGUUGGAUCCGUAUCUUCAGUGGAGUGCGUGCUUGGAAGAGCCCGGGGACGAAGACUCCCUACCGUCACGACAGGAGUAUCUGAAGCCAUACGACAUCAUCGACCGCGCCUUCUAUCCGCAGGCUGAGGAAGUGGUGAUCAACGACGAUGAAGAAGACGAUGACGAGGAAACAUCGGAGGAGGGAAGCUAUAGCGAGUACAGUGAGGGAGAACAGAGCGAGGAAGAGGAGCUAGAAGAAGAAGAAGAGGAAGGAACCGGAUCGGAGUGGGAAGCCUUGCCGAAAGAGGCGACACGUACGGGUACCGAGGCGGAAGAUCCGGAGGCAGCAUGCAAGCGGGAGGAAAUUGCCACCGGAAAGCGCCAGUUGGAGUUCACCAGUGAAGCAACUCUGCGCAUCAGUGACGAUCCGACUCGGGAUCCAGAGCCGCUGAAGCCAGGAGAUGGCGACCCUGCAGCCGCCACCACCAGCACCCCACGGCGGAGACGGAGCCGAUCAUCCUCCUCCUCCUCCUCCUCCUCCUCCAGUCCCACCCGUCCCCCAAUUCGUCCACGUACGGAUGCGGGGGAUAGGCCUUCGUCCCCGGACCCUGUCCCACCGUCCCCUUGAUUACCUCACCCUCGAACAGAUCCACACCCCCGUCACCUUCCCCAACCACCCCUUCCUUCCCCAUCUCUUCCGCGA